GUGUAGCCAGUUGCCAGGCCCCUGGGGCUCCUGAACUUCAGAAAUAAACACACCUAACUAAGAUUUCCAUGGGUGGGGCCCAAAGGCUUGAGGGGGGCAGGCGGAGGCCGGAAGUGGGUGGUGGAUAUAUGAGCGCCAGCAGGGAGGUGGGAGCACAUGCUGCGACGCUGAAGGAGGCUGAGGCCAGCAGUGAGCACUCGGCCAGUGCAGGUGGGAGGAGGCAGGGAAGGCACCCCUCUCGUGGCACAGCAUCCAGGAAGCAUGAGAGGCCUCCAUCUGGUCCUGCUGGCGGUGCUGCUGUGCUCAGACCGCGCCCUGAGCCUACAGUGCUACCUCUGUGCUGGGGCCCAGACGGCCGCACAGUGCCUGGUUAUGACCUGUGGACAGGGACAGAACGUCUGCUUUAAGGGCGACGUGAUCACCACCUGGCCAGAUGGACGGAAGGUCAGCAUGAAGACUGGGGGUUGUGCCCCUUCCUGUGAGGCGGUUUCCAAAGAGACUGAGGCACUACGUGUGUCAGGCCCACAGCCAGGUGCAGGGCACAACACAUUACAGCCCCUGGGUCCACUGCUCCCCAAGUCUGAAGUGCAGGACAUGUCUUGCUGUGAGAAGGACCUCUGUAACGGGGUGUCCCGGGCAGGGCGCAGCCUCUGGGCCCUCGCUGGGGGGCUCCUGCUCAGUCUGGGGCCAGCCAUGCUCUGGUCCCUGCUGUGAGGACCUGCCUUGGGCACAGAAAAGGGUGAGGGCAGCCGUGUCCACGCAGCACCCACGGGGGCCCCACGGCAAGCUGGCUGUCCCACCCACACUGGCCCACUCAGACCUGGGAGUCCUCGGCCAAAGGGCUGAGCUGCCCUCCUCCCAGUGCAGGGGCCCGGAGAAAGGGCGGCCGCCCCCUGCACGGACCCGGCUGUGCCCACAAGCCUGUCUGCUUUGCCAGCACCGUCCGUUCACCUCUGCCCCAAGAGGCAGGGGCCACCUGCUGGGCAGGGGCCCCUGGGAGAGUCGCCCCACAGCCCCUCCUGCAGUUCCCCAGUGUGCCCCCCGCAAACAGAUAAUAAACUUGGCAGCACCGGC